CAGGUAUAUACACGUCAAAGAGAAGCCCUUCAGAUGUCCGGUGUGCGGCAAAGGGUUCUGCCAAUCCAGGACGUUGUCCAGCCACCGGAGCAACCGGAACUCCAUGUGCCUGGACACGACCAUCCUGCACCAUCAGAACCAUCAGCGGAACGCGGCGAACGCGCGCAGGCCCAAGAUGAUCACGGAUUUCUCCAUCAACUCCAUAUUGAAUUUGUAAACGUCCGUGCAACCGCGUUUAUGUUUUCGUCCCCUCGAAUCUUUUGAUCUCAAGUACAUGGGCGCGUGCGCGUGUGCACGCGACGUAUAUGAAGGCGAAAGACAACACGUUUUAUUAUUAUUAUUAUUAUUAUUAUUAUGUUACGUCGAAUUCGUCCGCGUCUCACUGAACUCGAUACGUUGUAGCGCGCCGAAUGAUCAAUACCGACGCGAAGAUUUAUGAUUAUUAUUGUCAUUACAUAGUUCUGCGUGCCGCCCAUCGAUUCCCGACGUGCAUGAAUUUGCAUCCAACCGGUACGCGAACGCUACGUGUGUCCCCGGGUCUCUCGAAACAACAUAUUUUCAAUUUUACCAGAUCCGUAUCGCAUAUACGUAUACAAUACGUUCUCGCGCGUCUAAUGUGAAUGAAAAAAAAAAAAAAUUUUUUCUCGUUUUAUCGCACGUUUUAUUAUCCCGAUCGGGCGCGACCGCACGACGAGACACGUAGUUUAUUAAGUUUAUUUUGUUUUUUUUUUUUUUUUUACGUCCGAUGCAUAUAAUUUUAUACAUUAUAUUAGCGCCGUGUAAGCAGUAAUAUUUUAUUUUAUUUAUUUUAUUUUUUUUUUUUUGUUUAUUAUUAGUCUUACAACUGUUUUUACCAAAGAUGUUUAGUAAGCCCGCGCGUGCUCCGCGCACGUAUUAUUAUGUAUUACACAAUAUAUAUUAUACCAUUAUCUAAACGCGUGUGUUUUUCACUCGACGCGUACGUCAUCGCGACGAUGUAGAUGUUGUUGUUCCGUAAGUAAACCAAAAAAAAAAAAAAUCCGAUUCUCCCCGCGUUUCGGACUCGUACCGUGUGCGCACGUAACCGUCGGACGAGCAGCUUUGGUCGAAACCGAAAAGAAAAAUGCGGAGCGUGUGGCCGCGAAUAUCGCGUCGUAUCCCCGUGCACGUGCACGCCGCGGCGUUGUUGAUGUUGGUUGCGCGUUCACACCGGGGUCGGCGGACGGGAAAACGCGAGUUGGGUCCCGAGCUGUUUGAUCGCUUAAAAUAAACACGAGUUGGGUCCGCGAUGUCAUUCGAUAAUACUCGAAUUGAGUCCGUCGUAAUUUCCGGCUAUAAGAGUAAUCUGAAUAAUAAUCGGUAAUAUUUUAUCUUACAAUCAUAUUGUAACUUGUCGGUAUGCCGGCACGUGUCAAGGCUAAAAGUCCGUCUAAUAAAAUAUAAAAAGUA